AACUUGGAGACGUCAAGGAACAAGGCGGUGCUACACUUGAGCAGAGGGGUCAUAUCCUACACACAGCAUAUACUCCUCAGCCAGGGUAGAGGUCUGUGUGCCACUCACUCCCUCCUGGAAAACACUGGCAGAAGUUUGCAGCACUCAGCAGCAUGGAAGUAACCAAAGGAGAGGACCGCUCGGCUGAACAGGCUGCGUCUUUGUUUGGGACAUCAGAGCUGGAGAGUCAAAGGGGAAACACUGAACGAGGAAAGAAGAGGAAUAACCUCUGGAAAAUCAUCAUUGGGGUUCUGCUGUUGUGCUUACUGGUGAUCAUCCUCGCAGUGGUUCUUUCUCUGAAGAAGAGCAAUAAUGAAGGAGAACUCUGGCUACAGCAGGAAUCGGCGGACAAUCAUCUCCCACAGUGUCCACCUGGAUUUAACAGGUCCCCUCUCAUCCUGGUGUCCUUGGACGGUUUCAGGGCGGAGUACCUGAAAGAUCACGCCAGCCACCUUCCUAUCAUCAACAAGUUACGAAACACUGGAGUCACAACACCAUACAUGAGGCCUGUUUAUCCCACAAAGACCUUCCCCAACCACUACAGCAUUGUGACUGGUCUUUACCCUGAGUCUCAUGGGAUUGUAGAUAACAAGAUGUACGAUGUGGACCAAAACGCUUUCUUCAGCUUGAAAACUGAGGAGAAGUUCAACCCAAAAUGGUACCAAGGAGAGCCGGUCUGGGUCACUGCCAUUCGUCAGAAACUGAGAGCAGGAACCUUCUUCUGGCCUGGCUCUGAUGUAAACAUCAAUGGCACCUUCCCCACCUUCUACAAGUUGUAUGACAAGAGCAUUUCAUUUGAACAGAGAUUGUCGACAGUGUUCGAAUGGCUCAGUUUACCUCAGGAAGAAAGACCCGACUUCUACACUUUGUACCUGGAUGAACCUGACUCAUCAGGACAUCGUUAUGGUCCAACAAGCAGCCAGGUCGUCUGGGCCUUGGAAAAAGUGGACAAGAUUUUGGGCAUGCUGAUGGAUGGCCUGACAGAGAGAAACCUGCACCACUGUGUCAACAUUAUAAUCACAUCAGACCACGGCAUGGAGGAGGCUUCCUGUGACAAAGCUUCAUAUGUGUCAUCAUACGUGGACAACGCUGGCUUUGCUGUCAUUCAAGGUCCGGCUGCUCGCAUCAGACCCAAUACCCUCCCAGGGGAUUUCUUUUCCUUCGACUAUGAGGGCCUGAUAAAGAACCUGUCGUGCAGGACCUCUGACCAGCCAAUGAGGCCGUACCUCAAAGAAAACCUCCCCAAAAGGAUGCACUUUGCUAAAAACAAACGCAUAGAGAGAGGACACCUCUACAUGAAGGAAGGGUGGCAGGCUGCACUAAACAGCAGAGAGCUCAAAUACUGCACUGGCGGAUUCCAUGGAUCAGAUAACCUCUUCACCAACAUGCAGGCGAUCUUCAUCGGCUAUGGUCCAGGAUUGAAAGAAAACACUGUUGUGCCUCCUUUUGAAAACAUUGAACUAUAUAACCUGAUGUGUGAUCUCCUCGGUGUUCGUCCCGCUCCAAACAACGGGACUCACGGCAGUCUGAACCACCUCCUGAAGCAUCCUGUCCACCUGCCAGUUCACCCCGCUCAGCUCUCCCAUGACACUCCCUGUGAGGGUAGUGACCCCGCUCCUGCUGAAGAACUGCAGUGCACCUGUGCAUCCCAAACCAAGGCAGAGGAGAUAGAUUUGAACAGAGCUCUCAUGACGACUAAUUCCAGUGUUAAAGCCAGCUUACGUCGCCUCCACCAUCCCUUUGGCAUCCCUCGGGUCGUCCAACCAGACGCAACCUUUUGUCUCCUCCACCAAUCGGACUACCUCAACGGGUACAGCAAAGACCGCCACAUGCCCCUGUGGGUAUCGUACACCAUCCAGCCUCUGACCAAAAUCCAAACCCUGAGCCCAGAGGCGGAGGAGUGUGUUCGUGCUGACGUACGCAUCCCACCGGCCAACAGCCAGCUGUGUCUGCGCUACAGAAGUGACCCCACUCUGUCCUUCGGCCUGCUGCAUCCCCCAAAUCUGAGUGCCAACGGACCCAUGACAGACUCUCUAAUCACGAGCAACAUGGCACCAAUGUUCCCUGCAUUUAAAGAUGUUUGGACCCACGUCCAUGAUGUCCUGCUUCCAAAAUAUUCACAACAGCUGAACGGAGUCAACGUCAUCAGUGGGCCGAUAUUUGAUAAGGACUACGAUGGAAAUGUUGAUGCACUCGAAGCACCUACAGGGAACGAAGCUCCCAUCCCGACACAUUUCUUCCUGAUCCUGACCAGCUGUGGGAACUCGACCUUCAGCCCUGUUAACUGCGAGGGUCCGCUGCAAGCCAGGUCCUUCAUCCUGCCCAACAGGCCUGACCACACGGAGAGCUGCCCUAGUGGGUCGGACUUGUCGUGGGUGGAGGAUUGGAUGAAGUUCCACACGGCGCGAGUCCGAGACAUCGAGCACCUGAGCGGACUCAGCUUCUACCAUGACAGGAUAUCAGUGGAAGAGACGCUACAACUCAAGACUUUUCUACAGACUGCUUAACAUCAGAGACAUUAUUAAACCCAAUAGGAAGCCAUAUUGGUCUGCACAGCAGGCCUCUGUCCACGUGGACACAGUUAACGAUGUGUUCAAAACAAAUUGCUCCCAACUUCAAGUUCCAUCCACUUUUUUUUAUGAUAUUUCUCAUUCCCCCUCAAAUCAAUGUGUGAUAGCUGUAUAUUUGUUUUUGAUGAUGUUUUUAUAAAUGAUUUUAUAGAGAACAUUCACAGGGCAUUUUUGUAAACGAGGCUCCGGAGCUCCAAAGACGCCGUCACGUCUGCUGAGUGGCUCCAAAGCAUUUCCUCGGAUGGGAACAAAAUAAAAGGGAAAAGAAACAUUUAUUGAUGGAAGAAGAAUCUAUUUAUACUGCAGUUGCUUUUAUUGGCAGAGGCACUUCAAGAAACACAUGACAAUCUGGAAACGUUUGUGUCCGCUGCCUCACAUCUGGAGAGCCGGCUGCAGGAGCCAGAAAAAACACUCGACGUGAGAAUUUAAGGAAAGAAUCAGUUUUGCUGAACAGUGGUUUUAGUGUUUUGUAAAUUUUUGGUUUGGUUGAUGACAUUUAGGAAAUAAGUUUUCAAUUCUUGAGUGUCUGUGUGUGUGUGUGUGUGUGUGUGUGUGUGUGUGUGUGCGUGUGCGUGUGCGUGCGUGCGUGCGUGUGCAUGCGUGUGUGUGUGUGCGUGCAUGUGUGCGUGGAUGGAUUAUGGGACAACUCUGAACCACAGACAGUAAACAGAUCCCACUUCCCUUACACAGUAGAGCUGCAACACUAUCAGUUAGCUGCCAGUUAAAAGAAUGGCCAACGAAUCGAUGAAUCCGUUUGAGUAAAAGGAAGUUAAAACUCUGUGUAUCCAGCCUCUGAAAUGUAAAUAUUAUCUGGUGUCUUUACUCCUCUGUGAAAGUAAACUGAGGACGUCAUCUGGGACUUUGGGAAACACUCAGAGACAUUUUUCACCAUCUUCUGACAUUUUAUAGACCAAUGUAGUAAUUGAUUAAUCAAGGAAAUAAUCAGCAAAUUAAUAGACCGUGAAAAUAUAAUUAGUUACAGCUGUACUACGUAUUGUAGAAGCACCACACAAACUGAAAGCAGUUCAUUUUAAAGUUGUUUUGUGUCUUUCUGUGGUUAUUUUGCAUCUUAUUUGAAGUUUUUCCAGCCCCUUUGUUGUCAUUUUGUGACUCUUUGUAGUAGCUUUGCAUCUAUUUGUGUUUGUUUCACGUCUUUUUGUGUUCAUUUAGCAUCUCUCUCUAGUUGUAUUACAUCUCUGGUUGCAUUUUGCAUCUCUUUGUUGUAGUUUAUGUCUUUUUGUGGUCAUUUUGCAUCUCUUUGAAGUUCUUUCUAGCCCCUUUGUUGUCAUUUUGUGACUCUAUGCAGUCAUUUUGCAUCUAUUUGUGUUAAUUUAGCGUCUCUCUGUAGAAGUUUUCUCACUUUGUAGCUAUUUCAGUCUUUUUGUGGUCAUUUUGCAUCUCUAUGAUUGUCCUGUGUGUCUUUUAUCGUAGUUUUGUGUCUAAUGUUUUGCAUUACUUUGAAGUUGUUUUAGCCCCUUUGUCGUCAUUUUGUGACUCUUCGUAGUCGUUUUGCAUCUAUUUGUGUUUGUUUUACAUCUUUUUGUGUUCAUUUAGCAUCACUCUGUAGUUUUACAUCUCUGGUUGCAUUUUGCAUCUCUUUGUUGUAGUUUUCUCUAUUUGUGUCUCUCUGUAUGAUUGUCUUGUGUCUCUUUUAUUGUAGUUUUGUGUCUAAUGUUUUGCAUCUUCUCUGAAGUUCUUUUAAGCCCCUUUGUUGUUAUUUUUUGACCCUUUGUGUUUGUUUUGCAUCGUUCUGUAGUAGUUUUUUUCUCUUUUCGUAGCCAUGAACGUCUUUUCUGGUCAUUUUGAAUCUCUUCAUGAUUGUCCUGUGUCUCUUUUAUCGUAGUUUUGUGUCUUUGCAUCUUUGGAGGCGUUUUGCAUCUCUUUGUAGUCAUUCUGUUUUCUCUUUGUUGUCAGUUUUCGUCUCUUUGUAGCCAUGUGCAUUGUCUGUCUUGGAGCUUUUCAUCUGACCUUAUGGUCGUUUUGCCUUUCUUUUAUCAUCAUUUUGUGUCUCUGUGGGUUUGCAUCUUUGUAGGUGCAUCUCUUUGAAGUUCUUUCGAGUCGCUUUGUGGUCAUUUUGCAUCCACUUGUGUUUGUUUUACGUCUUUUGUGUUCAUUUUGCAGCUCUUCAUGAUUGUCUUGUGUCUCUUUUGUCAUAGUUUUGUGUCUUUCUUGUUUUGCAUCUCUGGAGGCGCUUCACAUCUCCUUGUCAAUUUGCAUCUCCUUGUAGUCAUUUUGUUUUCUCUUUGUUGUCACUGUUUGUCUCUUUGCUUCAUAUCUCUUCAUUGUAGUCUUAAGUAUUUUAUCGUCAUUUUGUGUCUAAUGUUUUGCAUCUGUGGAGGCGUCUUGUAUCUCCUUGUGAAUUUGCAUCUCUUUUUAGUAAUUCUGUGUCUCUCUGUAGCUACUGGCUUUUCUGGUAGCUUUGCAUCUCUUCGUGGUCGUUCUGUUUUGAGUGACUUUCUGCAGGUGAAGCAGAAGUGUCAGGUGCAGCUGUCUGUUGAAAAACUGCAGCCCAGUAGUCCCAUCGAGUAAUCCAUCUGUGUGUGUGUGUGUGUGUGUGUGUGUGUGUGUGUGUCUUUUCAGUUGAAAUUAUUUCUGGGAUCAACACAAUUUAAGUCUUUUUAUGUCUGCUCUUCACAGCAGCUGUCUGGAAGUCAGCAGGUAGUUUGUGGAAAAUAAGAAAAGUUCAACAUGUAUUACAGCUUUUUUUUUCAAACACACAAUUUCAUAUAAAAACUCUUCUACACUGA